AUGUCAGAUUCCAACACAACCGACUUCACCAACCCCUCCACCUUCAUCCUGCUGGGCAUUCCUGGCCUGGAGGCGGCCCAUGUCUGGAUCUCUAUCCCCUUCUGCAUCAUGUACGUCAUAGCCAUCUUCGGGAACUUCACCAUCCUGUUCACUGUGAAGAUGGAGCUGAGCCUCCACGAGCCCAUGUACUAUUUCCUCUGCAUGCUGGCUGUCACCGACCUGGUCGUAUAUACAUCCACCCUGCCCAACAUGCUGGCAAUUUUCUGGUUCAAUUCCAGGGAGAUCAAUUUCAGUGCCUGCCUCACCCAGAUGUACUUCGCUCAUUGCUUCUUAGCGAUGGAGUCUGGAAUCCUUGUGGCCAUGGCUUUAGAUCGCUACGUGGCCAUCUGCCAUCCCCUGAGACAUUCUACCACCCUGACGAACCCCAUGGUGGCCAAGAUUGGCCUGGCCGUGGUGCUGCGUGGCUGCAUAGUCAUACUGCCCUUUCCCCUCCUAGCGAGGCAGUGGCCUUAUUGCAGAACCAACGUCAUCCCCCAGCCUUACUGCCUGCACAUAGCUGUGGUGAACCUGGCCUGCGCUGACACCCAUGUCAGUAGUUACUAUGGCCUCUUUGUGCAAUUCUGUUUGAUGGGUCUGGAUGUGAUUUUUAUCGGAGUGUCCUACACACAGAUCCUCAGGGCCAUCUUCAGCCUCCCCACAAAAGACGCGCGUCUCAAGACUUUUGGGACCUGCGGCUCCCACCUUUUUGUCAUUUUAGCCUUUUACCUCCCAGGUAUCAUCAUCUCCCUCUUGAACAGAUUUGCCCAAAAUGUGCCCCUGCAUUUCCACGUUCUCAUUGCCAACGUGUACCUCCUACUGCCCCCCAUGCUAAACCCCGUCAUCUACGGGGUGAGGACCAAACAGAUCCGGGACAGGCUGCUCCGGCUCUUUACACAUAAAAGGGCAUAA